AUGGAGAACCCACACUAUGAGAAGAACCAACGUGGAGCACCUCCUACUCCGAACCCACCACCCUACUCUGAAAAAGAGCAACAACCUCCUGGGCCGCCACCCCCCAUGGGCUUUGCAGCCAGCCCCACCAUGCCGCUUCAGUACCAGCCUUAUUAUGCCCCAUAUGGGCUAGCCCCUGGCCAAGGGCCCAUCACUCAAGCUCCACAGCAUACCACCUAUGUCGUUCCUGUGCAGCCCACCCACGAACCGGAUUACCUGGUGUAUUCCAUCUUCACCAUGCUCUGCUGUUGCCUGCCUCUGGGAAUUGCAGCUCUGGUUUACUCAAUACAGACUCGAGAUGCCAACCGCAUUGGGGACGGCGUUGCUGCUCAGCAGAGCUCCAGGAUGGCACGGAUUUUUUCCCAUUCCGCCCUCGGCGUGGGGCUUGUGUUCUGCAUCGUAUACAUUGUUUUGACAGUAGUUGGGGUUUAG